AUGACAACACAAAAUAUUUCUCCAUCUUCUUCGACUUAUAAAAUCCAUCAUCAACCAAUUACAUUGUGUAUUAUCGGUUCUGCUUGUUCCAAUAAACGAAUUCUUUCGUCAGUUGAGGAUCGUUAUGUAUAUGAAUAUAUUAAUGAUGAACGACAAGUAAUUCGUACAUUGGUUGAAACAAAAAUUUUAUUAUCACAACGUCAAUUACGUAUUUAUAUUGUGGAUUCAUUUGAUGUUAUCGACUUUAGUGAUUUUGUUCAUUAUCUUGGCGAAUCUGUUCGAAAAGAUUAUAGUGAUCAAGUAACAUAUGUUAUAUCACAUGCAAAUAUCGGUGAAAAAUAUCUUGUAAAGAAUUUUUUAUUUUCUUAUGAAGAUAUUUAA